ACAUUACAGCUUUAGCCAUGCGUUAGAUAUGUUAAGAUUAUGCUGGACGCUGUCAAGAUAUGAUCCCAAUAGAACCUAAUCUAAAUCAUAACGAUGGGGUGUCUCUGCACGAAAACGCAAUCUCCAGACCAGUUUGAAGCGGAGAAGCAACGACCACCAGCACUAUGCUGCUUGUACGAGUCUCAUCCUCUCCGCAAACUAUGCAUCUACAUCGCUCGUUCCCGGCCGUUCGAGAUAUUCAUCUACCUGGCUAUCUUUGCGAACUGUGUCUCCCUGGCUAUGUACAAACCAAUGCCAAAAUCAGACGUGGACGAGACUUCGAGCGUUCUCGACACGUUAGAGUACAUUUUUAUCGGAAUUUUCUGGGUAGAGAGCAUAGUUAAGAUAAUAGCACAAGGGUUUAUGUGUCACCAUGGUUCUUAUCUUCGGUCUUUCUGGAACGUGCUGGACUUUUUCAUCGUUAUCGUCGGUACACUGAGUGUGAUGAAUUUAGAGACGGGAGGUAUAAAAGCGCUUAGAGCGUUGAGGGUUCUGCGGCCUCUCAAGUUCAUCGCAGGUUGUCGACCCCUGCAAGUGGUGAUGAAUUCCAUCCUGAUGGCUCUGAUACCGCUGAUGAACGUGGCAGUCCUCAUUCUCUUCUUCAUCAUCUUCUGUGCUAUAAUGGGCAUGGAGCUGUUCCGGGGCCAGUUCAACCAGGCAUGUGCGGACAUGCACACAGGGGAGAUCCCAGAGAACUACAAGCAUCCGUGUGACGAGACGCUACAGAUGGGGUUCAUGUGCCCCCAGUCCUACAACUGUGUGGACUGGCAGGGUCCCAACGAGGGUAUCACCACUUUCAACCACAUUGGGCUAGCUUCUCUCACUGUCUUCCAGAUCAUUACCCUGGAGGGGUGGACUGACAUCAUGUACUGGAGUAUGGACGCUAUUGGUCCAGAACUGCCACCACUCUUCUACUGCAACAUAGUGAUCUGGGGAGCCUUCUUCAUGCUCAAUCUGGUGCUUGGUGUGUUAGCGGGAGAGUUCUCCAAACAAAGGGAGAAGAUUGAAGCUAGGAAGGAGUACCUACGAAAGAAGAGGAACGACGAUUACAAGAAAGAACUGGAGGGCUACGAGUUGUGGAUCAGAGAGGGGGAGAAAAUAUCCGAGUGCGAAGCCAUCAAAGAACAACGUCGACUCGGAGGUAAAAACUCAUACGAUGGAAACCACCUAGAGGAUAGAUAUGAAGAUGUUUCCAACAUAUCUGAGGAUCAAAGAAAUAGCUUUGCGCGUUGUUGGCAGGACCUCUUCCCCUCGCUGCGUGAACGCAACCGGCUCCUCCGAGAGCGCACCGGUCAUAUGGUCAAAUCUAAAUCAAUGUACUGGGUUGUGAUGUUCCUCGUUACCAUGAACACAAUCAGCGUGUCAUUGAAGUGGUACGGCAUGCCCAGUGAAAUGAAUGGCAAUAUGAAACACGUUGAGUUUGUUUUUACCUUUAUAUUUAUAAUAGAAAUGACAAUAAGAAUGUACGGCCUGGGGAUCGAACAGUACUUCAAAUCAAAGUUCAACACAUUCGACUUCACAGUCAUUUUCGCUAGCUUAUUCGAACAAUUUUACGUGCAAUUUUUUAGUGGUGCAGACAUGGGCCUGACUGUGUUCAGAUCGCUGCGGUUGUUAAGACUAUUUAAAGUAACUCGGUAUUGGACGAGUUUGAGGAAUCUAGCUGCGGCCCUUCUCAACUCCCUCAAAUCAAUUGUCAGUCUCUUGUUCCUUCUCUUCCUCUUCCUCCUUAUUUUCGCCCUACUUGGAAUGCAGCUUUUUGGCGGACAUUUUGUUUUCGCAGAACAGGUUCCUAGGGUAAACUUCGAUAGUUUCCUCACUGCUCUGCUGGCGGUCUUUCAAAUGCUCACUGGAGAGGAUUGGAAUGUUAUUAUGUACAACGCCAUCAACGCCCUGGGUGGUUCUAAUAAUUAUAAAGGUGGUAUUUGUUCCAUAUAUUUCAUCGUAUUUAUGGUGAUAAUGAACUAUACUCUCCUAAACGUUUUCCUGGCCAUUGCCGUGGAUGGUCUGGCUGAUUUUGAGAUGAUGAACGAUGCGGAGAAGGAAGACGAGAAGAAAGAAGAAGCGGAGAAAGAUGCAAUGAUGCAGGAGCUGCACAACCUGGAUAACGUGGACGAGGGAGAUGAUGUUUCUGUCACCCGCCCAGCUUCAAUCGAGCUGAGGAACCGCAGCGCAGCGUACAAACAGGACUUCGGAGAUCACGUGGACAUGCCCAUCUCCAUCGAAGACAGCGACAUGUCGGACGAAGACGGUUUACCGGAACACGAUCCGGAUAACUGGAUUGGACCAAAGUCUGCGCGGUCCUGGCACAGUGAUGGGUCCCGGUCGCGCCGCACUCCGCGUCCUCAGACCACUACCGUACCUAUUGUCCCUCAUCCUUCUUUCUUUAUUUUCUCUUCCACUAACCCAUUGAGAAGAUUCUGUCACUGGAUUGUGAACCUGCGCCACUUUGAUAACUUCAUAUUGUUUAUAAUCUUACUGUCAUGUAUCAUGCAGAUGCUACAAAACCCUAAAGAUCUGGAGUCGGAUAACAAUAGGUUUAUUGAGUACCUGGAGUACGGAGUCACUGUCAUAUUCUGUCUGGAGAUGAUACUCCGUGUCAUAGACCUUGGUUUUGUCAUCCACCCUGGUUCCUAUCUCAGAGAUCCGUGGAACGUUCUCGACGCUGUGGUGGUUUUAGUCUCCAUACUAAGGGUUGCAGUGAAAGCUCCAACAGUAAAGCGGUUAACGAAUGUGAUGUUGUCGAUGAGGUCGCUGAAGUCCAUCAACAGGAUACAAAAGCUGAAGAACGUGUGCCUGUGCCUUAUCAAGAGUGUCGGAUCCAUCCUCAAUCUCCUCCUUAUUGCCAUCCUCCUUACUUUCAUGUUCAGCGUGAUGGGCGUUCACAUGUUGGAGGGAAAGUUCUUCUUCUGUACAGACUCGUCCAAGAAAACUAAACAAGAAUGCAUGGGCUCUUACUUUGCAUUUCCCUCAAACGACGCGGAGAACCGGAAGGUUGAGGAGCGGAAGUGGCAGCAGCACUUCUUCCGCUUUGACGACGUACAGUUAGCCAUGUUAACACUGUUCACUGUCGCUACAUUCGAGGGUUGGCCAGACGUUAUGACGAAUAUGAUGGACGCAAGCGAGAAAGAUCGGGGUCCGAUAGAGAACGCUAACCCGGCCCUCUGCAUCUACAUCGUUGUCUACCUCGUCGUUAUGUCCUUCUUCAUGAUCAACAUCUUCGUCGGUUUCGUAAUCGUCACCUUCCAGGAGAAGGGCGAGAAGGACAAUGAGAAUUCAAUACUCGAUCGGAACAAGCGGAGUUGCAUUGAGUUCUCGCUGAAGGUGAAGCCCCAAAACAAGUACAUUCCAAACAACGAGGAAGGGCUGCGGUACAAGCUGUGGCAGGUGGUGUCUUCCAACAUCUACACCAACCUUAUCAUGUUCAUCAUCUUCAUCAACACUAUCCAGCUCAUGAUGCCUUACCACGGUAUGUCAAGUGGUUACGAGACGGCACUGGAAACGGUCAACGCUAUCUUAGUGGCUGUCUUCACCAUAGAUAUAAUCCUGAAGUUGGCAGCGUACGGGGUCAAACAAUAUUUCCUAGGUGGAUCUUGGAAUGUGUUCGACUUUGUAGUCCUCGUGGGUUCUUUUGUUGACAUAAUGGUCAGCACUUGGUACACUGAUGACACGCAAGGAAAGGAUAAUUUCAUGAUAUCUCGGUUGGUUAAGAUGUUCCGCGCGGCUCGACUCAUCAAAUUGUUGAACUACGGCGGUGAAAUGCGGACCCUACUUUUUGUCUUCCUCAAGGCUCUAAAGAGUCUUCCCCAUGUCAUGUUCCUCGUGAUGUUGACAUUCUACAUCUACGCUAUCAUCGGAAUGCAGAUAUUCGGAAAGGUGGAAGCUGAUCCGGACAACAGCCCAGACUAUGUCAUCACCAGAUAUAACAACUUCGAGAGCUUUCAGAACGCCAUGAUUCUCCUUUUCAGAUGUUCUACUGGAGAAGCUUGGCACGCCAUAAUGCGCGACCUGACCCCUGAUCGAGCGUACUGCGGCGAAUCCUCUACAGAGGACUCCAACUGUGGGUCCUCCUUCUCCCAGAUUUACUUUUGUACUUUCGUCAUCACCUCCCAGUUCCUUGUCGUCAACCUGUUCGUCUCCGUUAUCAUCGACAACUUUGAUUAUCUUACCCGGGACAUGUCAAUAGUUGGUCUUCAUCAUUUAAAUAAGUUUGUUAGAAAAUGGGCUGAUUUUGAUCCAAAAGCUUCGGGCAGAAUAAAGCAUGAGGAUGUUAUAAAGUUGUUAAAGAGGAUAUCACCGCCCUUGGGGCUGGGUAAAAAGUGUCCAGAUCGUGUGGCGUACAUGAGAAUGAUAGGAAUGAACAUGCCGCUGUUACAAGACGGCACAGUCGAGUUUACCGCCACUUUAUUUGCUCUUGUAAGAACCUCUCUGGACAUCCACAUGCCUAAGGGAGUGAACGCUGUUUCUGAUAUGAAUAAAGAGCUUAAAAUGGAAAUCUGCCGAACUUUCCCUGGAAUGCGGUCCAAACUUUUGGAAAGAGUGCUUCCUGUAGAUGAGCCAGGCAAAGAAGUAGAGACAGUAGCCAAGAUAUACGCUACUCUUAUGAUCCAGAAGUUUUACAGACAUCUUCAAAAGAAGCGAGAAGAGGAGUUCCAGAAAUCACAACAGCAGCCUUUAGUGGCGGGUCUGCGGAUACCCCACGAGUUGAGUAGACCUUUAAAGAGACAGAUAUCAGGUGAACUGGACCUGGAGUCUGACGAUGAUGAGUAUAAUAACAUAAGUAAAAAGCCAGUACACAGUAUAGUAAGCAACCUGUUUAACUCCGUAAAACACAAGCGAGCAGACAAUUACAGGGGUACGGGUUCCACACCCAAACUUCCCCAUCGGACAUCUUCUAAAGACAUAGAGUUGGGGGAACUCAACAACAACAACAACAACAACAACAAUAAUUCUCCUAAUCUCUUAACAGUCCUGUCCUCAUCGCCGUCAGGAGACAUAUAGAGCCGUUAGAGUGGGGAAUAGCACUACACACUAGGGGUAACCGGGUCACAUGUCACUACACAUGUUGUCAACCCGCACAAUACGCAGCCAGUCUGUCCUCUCUCAGAUCAUUGUUUAGUCACGUCACACAUCACGUGACAGAAUGGUGACGUCACGUGACAGCGUGAUGACGUCACGUGACAGCGUGCUGAAGUUAAAUAUGACAGAUUGUCGAAAGGACCUGUGCUUGUACUGAAUCACAGGGUUAGGGUUAUGUAAAUAUUAGAUAGUUUAUUUUCAAUCCCGAUUUCAAAUUGGUUUGAAAUUAGCCGUUCAUCCUAUAGUCAUUACAUACAUGUUCACUGCUUGAAACAUAUUUGAUUCAUCACUGACUUUAUAAAGAAUUUAUGAUAAGAUUUGAUGUUUAAGUUAAAUAAAAGAGUUUUAUGGUAUAUAAUGUAUUAUGUAAAAAGAUACCUUGAAGAUGACGAAUUAUACGAAAUAUAUUAUUGUAGGGAGCGGUCAAAUGAUGUUUAAUGGUAAUAUUUGUGAAAAAACGUAUCUAAUUCCAACUGUACAGAACAAUAACAUUGAAAAUUGAAAUGCAUUUCGAAGAACCAAAAACUUUAAAAAUUAACUGCGAAGAAUUCAAUGAUAUGUAAAUUGUAAGUUUUUAGACCCACAACACAGUACUAUCAAAGUUUUUAUUUUCGCAUCUUUAAAUGAUAGCCCAGAUAUCAUUACACACAACUUUUAACCCUUAAUUAUGGCCUAAUUAUACUUUUUCAGCCUCUGCUUUGACCUUUUAUUGUUCUACAAAGCUGCCGUGUACAUUUAUUUAGUAAAUAUGAGCACCAGAUAUAAGUUAUGCCAGACCUGUAUUUACUCGCCUGUUCUUGCGUUUUGUGAUCUUGAAAUGACGCCAAUACAUGAAAUAAAUUGAGUACUUUAGCUUUGAAGAAAUAGCUAACGAGUAUUUAUGAUUUUAUUUUUGACUAUUUUCUUUUUCAUUGUA